AUGCCGCUAAAUCUCCUGGGCUACGCGGAGAAGCCUCUGACGCUCCAGAUGUUCAUCGGGACGGCCGACGAUCGCAACCUCCGACCCCACGCCUUCUACCAGGUCCACCGCAUCACCGGCAAGAUGGUGGCCACCUCCAGCCAGGAGGCCGUCGUCGGUACUACCAAAGUCCUGGAGGUGUCGCUACUGCCCGAGAACAACAUGACGGCAAACAUCGACUGUGCCGGAAUAUUGAAGCUUCGGAACUCCGACAUCGAGUUGCGGAAAGGUGAAACGGACAUCGGGAGGAAGAACACUAGAGUGAAGCUGGUCUUCCGCGUUCACAUUCCUCAGCCCAACGGCAAGGUGGCCUCACUGCAGACCUCGUCCGUCCCCAUCGAGUGCUCCCAGCGCUCUGCCCACGAGCUGCCUCAGGUGGAGAGUUACAGUGUCACCUCGUGCCCGGUCACUGGGGGAGAGGAGCUGCUUCUCACCGGCUGCAAUUUCCUUCCGGAGUCCAAGGUCAUUUUCAUCGAGAAAGGUCCAGAAGGACGGCCGCAGUGGGAGGUGGAGGCUAAGGUCAACAGGGCGAAGAGCACAGAGUCUCUGAUCCUGGCUGAGGUGCCCCCCUAUCGCAAUCAGAGCCUCACCAGCGCCGUCCCGGUGCUCUUCCUGGUCUGCAAUGGGAAGAGGAAGAGGAGUCCUUGCCAGUCCUUCCAGUACCUGCCCGUUCUCAUUAAGGAAGAGCCGUACGAGGGUUUGGUGCUGGGCUCCCCGUCUCCGCUCAGGACCCCGGCCCGGUACCCGCUGGGCCCCGCCUCUUCCUCCCCGCCCGUCCCGCGCCCCGACCCGGCCUGCCCGGGGCCGGGGCGGGUCUACGGCGAAGCCGGGCCCUUAUCCUCGCCCCUAACGCCUCCGCCCCACUUCCUGCUCAGCCUCCUGGGCUGGGGCGAGGCCGGCGAGCCGCCGCCUCCGACGCCGCCCCCUCUGUCCCGGCCGGCCCGCGGAGGCCACCCCCCGGCCCAGCGCCACCGCAGCUGCCCCCUGACCCAGGCCGACCGCGGCCUGUCCGCUGGGCCCCCGCCCCGGGGCCCGUCCGCCUCCUACUCGCCGCCCGCCUGCUGGGCCGCUUCGCCCCCGCACGCGCUGGUGCCCGUGCCCCUGGCCACGCACCUGCCCCUAACCCCGCCUCGGUAUUCGCCCGUGCCUUUGGCCGCGCCCCCGGUCUUAGCCCCGCACGCGCCGCCCCGCCCCCCCACGCGCCCCUGGCCCUAA